ACACAGUUUCCUUCCAAACAGCUGUUUUACACCUCAGUGUUUGAACAGGCGACUGUUGUCUGCACUUUCUGUGUUGACAAUCUGAGCUCUUAUUGAACGCCGAGUCGUUGUGCUGUGGUGGCUGUCAGUCAGUAACCAUGGAGCCCACCUGUCGCAAAGACAAAGUGAAGUUGAACUCCACUCCUACUCGCGGCGACAGGGCCAAGCAGAAAUCCGCCCAGCAGGAACUGAAACAACGACAACGGGCAGAGAUCUACGCCCUGAAUAAGGUGAUGACAGAGCUGGAGCAGCAGCAGUUUGAGGCCUUCUGUAAGCAAAUGCAGUCCCAGGGAGAGUGACUGACAACCUCCCAAUGGCAGCCCAGGACCAUAAACCCUAACCUUCAGCAGCCCUGACCCACAGUUCAACUACAGUCUCAACCAGUAAAACAAGAGUAUUUCUUACAUAUCAUACAGACACGUUGAACUGUGAAGAUUGCUGAGCGAUUAACCGAGGGGUAAUUUAUUUUACAUUUUUUAAACAAAUUGACCUACUUGGGUUCAAUUAUUUGAAUUCCUUUAUUUUGUUUUCUGUGCACAUUGCACAAUUUCUCUAGAGAUAAAUCAGAUCCUGUUUGAACUGUGCAAUGUAGUAGGGAGUUGUAGUUUCCAACAGACCAAUAUUCAACUUAGUUUCGCGCUUAAAAUGUACACCCCAUAACUUCGAUGACCAUAAUCCAUUGCGCAUUUACUUGUACGGUCUUUUAUGCCUGCUCCAAAAGAGGCAGAAGAAUGCACAAUCAUGAGGGGGAUAUAGAGAGCAGUUGUUACUUCGAGGUAUCUCUACCUGAAAAUAAAUGAUCUAUUCUAAGUGAUUGAUAUUCAGCAGUCAUAAGUCUGCCUUAUUUACUUUGAAGAACUACAAAAUGUAGAUUUUGUCAAAGCAUAUGCAGCAGCUCUAUAGUGAUGAGCUGUUGACUUGGAAUGAAAUAAGUCAUAAAACAAAUGUAAUAUACACAACUGAAAUGUGAAUAAAUGGUUAAGUGAUAAGCAGCAAUGAGCAGUUACUACCAUCAUGGGACUUUGAUUCAUUGUUUUAUUCUGUAUUACAGCAUUCAACCCAAAUAAUCAAAACCGAAAUCCAAAACCUUUAUUUUUUUAAAUAAUCAAACUGAUCCCGAAACGACCUCAAAGCACUAAUCGUUUAGCACUAACUGAAUCAUUUGCUGAGGGAUAUUUCCAUCCUGGUCCUGUUAUGCAGUGGUCGCCAUAGACAUGAUAAGAAUCAUGUGGAUCACUGGUGGUGUGCUCGCCGAUUGCCUGUCCUCACGCGCUGAAACGGUUGUGUUUUCUGGUAUGUGCAAUGUUGUCACUGCCCCAGUCAAAACAGUUUUAGUGCAUGGAGUGUAAGGACAAUAACACGCAGACAGACUCAAACACUGGGGAUACAGCCAUUGGUUAUCAACAUGCUCCAUAAGUUGUCAUAAGUGGACAUGUGUUGCAUUGUGAAUGUAACAAGACAAGAUUAUUGGCAUAUUCUAAGCUCAGCAAAAAAAAGAAGUUAUUUUGUCAACUGUGCUUAUUUUCAGCAAACUUAACAUGUUUAAAUAUUUGUAUGAACAUAACAAGAUUCAACAACUAAGACAAACUAAACAAAUUCCACAGACAUGUGACUAACAAAAAUGGAAAAAUGAGUCCCUGAACAAAGGAGGGGGGUGGCUCAAAAUCAAAAGUAACAGUCAGUAUCUGGUGUGGCCAUCAGCUGCAUUAAGUACUGUAGUACAUCUCAUCCUCAUGGACUGCACCAGAUUGGCCAGUUUUUGCUGUGAGAUGUUACCCCACGCUUCCACCAAGGCACGGACAUUUCUGGGUGGAAUGGACCUAGCCGUCACCCUCAUCCAACAGGUCCCAGACAUGCUCAAUGGGAUUGAUAUCCGGGCUCUUUGCUGGCCAUGGCAGAACACUGACAUUCCUGUUUUGCAGGAAAUCAAUGAGCAGUAUGGCUGGUGGCAUUGUCAUGCUGGAGGGUCAUGUCAGGAUGAGCCUGCAGGAAGGGUACCACACAAGGGAGGAGGAUGUUUUUCCUGAAACGCACAGCGUUGCGAUUGCCUGUAAUAACAACAAACUCAGUCCCAUGAUGUUGUGACACACCACCCCAGACCACGGCGGGGUGGUUCUGUUAGGGUCUUAACGACCGUUCCACGGGUGUAUGUUCAUUAAUUGCUUAUGGUUCAUUGAACAAGCAUGGGAAACAGUGUUUAAACCCUUUACAAUGAAGAUCUGUGAAGUUAUUUGGAUAUUUCCAAAUUAUCUUUGAAGACAGGGUCCUGAAAAAGGGACGUUUCUUUUUUUUUUUGCUGAGUUUAUAUACAGAGAAGGACUGUGUAAUGAAGAGGUGUUCAGUCCCAGAGGGCCACAUGGGAUGGCCAGGCUUAUUUGCGCCCCUACAGGACUAGAUAUGCCCACGCGUUGGUGUAAUCUAUUCAUAAAUAUGGAUGUUAUGGAUCUGAGGUGCUAGCACUUUUCUACUCCAAACCAAAGCUUAACAUCACCCUUCUCCCCAUAUUGCCUAAAAUACAAAUCAUGACCAAGAUUCAAAGAUUUAAUGUUCAUCUUUUGUGGAGUCCUAAAGUGAAUGUCCACAGUGCAAAUUCUAAUAUUCUUCCAUCUAACUCAAUCUACAGUAUGUAAAUAUUAAUGGUGCUUAUGGUUACUGCUUAGUUUUAGACACAUUUUUAGACUAGCCUAUUGUUUGUGUACUAGGGCUAUACAGCAAUCUGUAUAAAACAGGCUAAUGUCACUGAUACAGUUCUGUCAAUUACUGUAUCCUAGUUUAAGCUGUCCACUUCCACAUCGUUAUAGUGACACUUAACUGUAGGCCUACCACCUUUUUAUUGUUCUGUUGGUUCAUGUUUGAUACACUGUCGUUCUGUUUUUAAAGCAUGGUUUUAAUAAAUCUUAUGGUGAUUUGAAAAUGUG